AUGAUUGCCGCUUUGUUGGCACCGGUAGCCCAGGCCGAGGAUAUGGUGGAUAUGGAGGGUAUGGAGGGUAUGGUGGGUACGGUAGAGGAUAUGGAGGUUACGGAGGUGGAUAUGGUGGUUAUGGUGGUGGUUAUGGAGGAUAUGGUGGCUAUGGAUUUGGCCGUUAAUAGACUGGACAUAGACUACGGAUAUAUUACAAAAAUUAUAGAUAUGGUGGAUAUGGAGGGUAUGGGGGGUAUGGUGGGUACGGUAGAGGGUAUGGAGGUUACGGAGGUGGAUAUGGUGGUUAUGGGUAUGGGCGAUAUGUUUAUUUAA